AAUAUGAAAUCCCUUUACAGUCCUCUCGAGUUGUUGCGCCCAAAAAGCGAUACUUCCCAGCCCAUUUUAAGGAACGUAAAGACAAUAUUUCAUUGCAUGUUUGAGAAAAUAAUAUUUAUAUACUUAAGUAUUUGCAAUAUACUUACUUACGAGAACUUUUGCUAUCGAUGUUGUUGAAUAUAUACUUUAAUUUUAAUAUAUUUGUACUUUCUAGUAAAAUGUGAAGUUUUAUUUUAUUAAGGGGCGUAUUUUUUCUUCAUAUAUCAUCAAAUAUAAAUAGUACUAGUUAGGCGAUGCUCAUACUCGUAUUGCUCAUGUGACUGCUUAAUUGCUUAUAGGGUUAUAGGUUACGGGCUCCGUUUACAGUACCUUCCCGAGUACCUAUUUGUAAGCACCUAAUGAUAACCCCAUGUUUGAUUCUGCCAUUGUUUUAUUUAUAAUAAAUAUAGUAUUCCUGAGAUCAAGGUGUUGGGGCCACCCUAAUCCAUAAAUAGAAGUCUCCACUGCUAUAAGUCGCGGGUGUUCGUCCAGUUAUUUUUACACGCCGGCACGCUCCUUGCUUAGCACGCGACAUAUUCAAAUAAGUCCCGACAUUUGUUAGAGAAGGUUCACAUUAUCCAGAUAAAUUUAAUAGAAAAUAUUCAAGUGAACUGCUCUUGAUUCAAAAUUAGGCCAAUAGGGCGAAAGUUUGCUGAACUUGCGCGUGCGCAAAACAUCUAAAAAUACAUGUUGUUAAUGACCGUUUGGCGAAGUGUUUGAACUCUCCCUUGUUUCCUGCCGGAUGAGCCAUAGAUUGUGUCUGGACAUUGUGGAGGGAAGUGUGUUUAUUGUGAAACGUUAGAAUUUUGGUGUAAUAUUGUGAAAUGACACGAGGCCCAACCAUAGUUCGUGUUGCGCCGGGCGGCGGCGGCGGCGAGCGCGGCAUCAAAUGUUGUUGCUGCCGCUGCUGUGAGUGCCUCAACCUGGGGUACCUCACUUCACAACAUGGAUUGAUAAAACUUGCUGAAGCGAUGCUAGGCGGUCUGUGCCAGAGCCUGCUGGUGAAGUACGGCAUGUCAGCAGCCGGCACGCUCGGCUCCGCCUUCCACGGGUUCCUCACCACCGCCUCGGCCUGCCUGCUCACCACCGCGCUGCUCAUUGCCUGCUACGUACUCUCAUCUAACUCGCAGCACCUCAUCAAGCAGUCCGUGUUUGAAUGUUUGUUCAACGCGACGGCCUGCUUCCUGUACCUGUCUGCCUCAUCCUAUAUGGGUGUGGCGGUAAACCUCUACCUCUACCCGCAGUACGCCGUCAUCAGCAUGUACUCGGCAUACCCAGCCAUGACUGCAGUCUAUUACAUUGGAGUAGUUCUGGGAAUACUUCACGGCGUCGACGCGUACAUUUCAUACAAAUAUCUUAAAGGAUAUCGAUGAAAAUGUACCAAACAAGAAUCGCCGACGAAUAUUUUUAUGUAAUCGAAACUAACAACUCAUUCCAUAUGGUUUACCUACUUUAGAAUUAGGUAUAUUUAAGUUAAAUAUUAUUUUCUUACUAAAACAAUAAGACUAUUUACCUUUGAA